AUGGACCGCGUGCAGCGCGCGCUGCUCGAGACGCUGCAGCGGGAGUACGAGCGGACGGCGCUCGAGGCGCGCGAGAAGGCCCACGAGGUGUCCCUGAGCUCGCGGACGCGCGAGGACACGGGCGUCGAGCUCUACGGCACGCAGCAGCAGCUCGCGCGGCUCCAGCUCGCGCUCGAAGCGCUCCACAGUACGGCGGGCGAGCUCGCGGAGAAGCGGUCCGCCGAGGAGGUCGGCGCCCAGGAGGCGCGGAGCCGCCACGGCUCCCUCAACAAGGCGUUGCAGGACCGGAAGAAGCACGUCGCGAAGAACCAGGCCGAGCUCGACGCGGUCAACGACACGCUCCGCCAGGUCGAGAAGUACAACGAGGAGAUGCGCAAGGAGAUCGCCGUCACCAAGCGCGCGACCUACAAGGCCGAGGAGAACGUCCAGUCCCUGGAGCACGCGAAGAAGGGCCAGGACCUCUACAUCAACUCGUUGGACGAGCGCGUGCGCCAGCUCGGCGAGCAGAUCGCCGUGCACGAGACGCAGCUCGCGAAGCAAAAGGCCGAGUCCGACGAGGCGCGGGGCAUGCUCGCGGAGACGGGCCAGGAGAUGGAGCUCAUCGCCUUCGAGAAGAAGCAGCUCAUCCAGCAGUGGAAGGCGUCCCUCGUGCAGCUCACGCGCCGCGACGAGGCGCUCUCCGCCGCGACGCAGACGUUGCAGGCCGCGCGCAUGGAGCUCCGGGACCUCCAGACGGAGAUCGACGGCACGAAGCGCGAGGCUUUAGGCGUCAAGGCCGACAACGAGUCCCUCGUCGUCGUGCGCGACCGCCUCGCGCGCGAGGAGCAGGGCCUCGACGAGGCCAUCGGCCAGGUCGUCGCGGACUGCGAGGCCGUGUCCGCGCAGUUCGCCCUCCUCCAGCGCUCCAUGGUCCACACGGAGGAGGAGGAGGCCAAGGUCGCCGGCGAGGCCAAGGGCUCCGGCGACUCCCUCGAGCAGCUCGCCCAGAACAUCCAGAUCGUCACCGUCGAGCGCAUGAAGAUCGAGCAGCGCAUUCUCGCCGCGCGGUCCGCGAGCAUGACGGUGACCAAGGCCGUGCGCAACCUGCAGAAGCAGGCGUUGGCCGUCAAGGAGCGCACGCACGAGAAGGAGAUCACGCAGGCCCACCUCGAGAACGAGCUCAGCCGCAUCCGCGUGGACACGUUGAACACGGACGCGCACAACUCGCAGCUCCGGGAAACGUUGGAGGGCAUGGUCGGCAAGCUCAAGACCCAGGACGAGCUCAUCGCCAAGUACCAGCAGGAGAUCCGCCAGCGCAACGACGACAUCGAGAAGAAGAUGUACCGCGUCGACCGCCUCAACCGCAAGUACGAGAAGAUGAUGGAGCACGCGGACGACGGCGAGCACGUCGGCCCCCUGGAGGCGACGAUCCGGAACCUGAACAAGGAGAAGGAGUCCAUCGCCGUCGAGGCGACGCAGCUCCAGGGCGCCUGGCUCGCGGACCAGACGCUCCUCGUGAGCGCCGCGCAGCAGACCGAGGUCACCUUGGAAAAGAACGCGGAGCUCCGCGCGCGCGCGCGCAUCUUGAACGAGCGGCGGCUCCAGCUGCUCAAGGACGCGUCGAAGCGCACCGUCGAGGUCACGGCCCUCCAGAACAACAUCAAGGCCAUGCGCGCGGACGUCGCGAGAUUGAACGACCUCCUGGGCCGCCACGCGACGCAGCAGGAGGCGCUCGCGAACGAGACCGCGGUCACCGAGAUGGAGUUCCAGAGCGAGCUCAAGGAGCUCGAGGACGAGUCGCUGGCCAUGGAGAAGCGCGUCUUCGACACGAAGCAGGCCAAGGCCGCUUUACUGGAAGAGGUCGUCGACACGGAGCGGCAGGUCAUGCUCUGGGAGAAGAAGAUCCAGCUCGAGCGCGAGACCCAGGCGGCGCUGGACCCGGAGGUGGGCAUGUCGGAGAUCAAGGCCAUGGAGAUCGAGAUCCACCGCAUGCGCCUGCGCCUCGACGGGCUCCAGCGCGAGCAGGAGCGCAUGAUCGUCGAGAUGGAGCGCGGCAUCGGCAAGCGCGAGGCCAUCACGCUGCGCUUCAAGGGCAAGCAGCGGCCGACGCAGGUGGAGCACACCAAGGCGUCGCUGAAGAAGCAGGUGGGAAACCUGCGGCGCACGAUCCAGGUCACCGCGCGCGACGCGAGCCAGCUCUCGAACGCGAUCAUGAACCGCCAGAAGGAGCUCCAGGAGUCGACGCAGAACCUGACGGCGGCGACGAGCCGCUACGGCGACCUCGAGGGCGAGGCCCAGCGGCUCCAGGCGUCCAUCAACGGCCUGCUCUACGAGAAGCAGCGCCGCGCGGAGCUCCAGACGGCGCGCGAGCACACCGCGAGCCGCUACCUCGACCUCGAGCGGGGCCUCAUCGAGCCCCUCACGGAGGAGCACGCCGCCGACGUCGAGAUGGAGCUCGUCAACUCCAACGACGGCCUCAAGCAGGUCCGCAACGUCAUCAUGGCGCUGAGCUCCCAGUUCGACUACCUCGCGGAGCCCCUCGACCGCAUCAUGCGCCUCACGGACGACGCGGAGCAGGGCGCGAUCACGGGCCUCGCCGGUGCGAGCCCGGAGCUCGGCGCCCAGUGA